AUGUUAUUUGAUUUUCUAAGUGAUUUCAACAAGUUAUUAGUGGACAAUUCCACUGAAAAAAAAAACCUUUCAUUCGUAUUGGGAAACGAGUCCGCAGAUUUGGAUUCAAUUAUAGGAUCAAUCGCCUACGCCUAUCUUAGCAAUCACCUCACAAAUUCCAAUCAACUCUGUCUUCCGAUUAUCCAAGUCUCAAGAUCGGAUCUUCGAAUCCGUCCAGAAUGCGUAUAUGUAUUCCAGGACUGUGGUUUCUCCACGGAUGAUCUAAUUUUUAUCGACGAUGUAACGCCACAUAUUGAAAACCUGUUUUCAAAUUACGAUAUACAAUUGGUUCUCGUGGAUCACAACGAACUAAUUGGUGUUUGGAAAAAAUUUCCUCAAAAUGUGAAUGUAAUAUUGGAUCAUCAUGAGGAGAAAGGUUUAUACAUGAGCGCGAGGCUUAGAUGUAUUGAGAGCGUUGGAUCCGCCACAUCGUUGGUUGUAUUGAACUUCAGGGAAAUAUGGGAAAGAGGUUUGGAAAGUGUCGACCCCGAUACAGAAAACAGAGACGAUCUAAAACCUCCCAAAAUGUUCAUCUGGCAUAAAAACCUUGCCAAAUUUCUACUGGCCCCAAUCCUGGUAGAUACAGUUCUUUUGGAUGUUUCCAAAGGUAAAACUACCGAUAAAGACCAAAUGGCUGCCGAUUUCCUGUUGAAUUUUUUCCAAGUAUCGGAGAAUGUGGAUAUCUUCAUCAAGACUUACUAUGAUAAAAUACAACUGGCAAGAUUUAACAUAAUUCACUUGUCAAAUUUUGAUCUUUUGCGUAAAGAUUAUAAAGAACGAGAUAUCGAAAAAUAUCGUGUGGGAAUAAGUAGUAUCGCCUGGAACUUGGAUGCUUGGAUUGAACGGGAAAGCCUUGGAAAAUUGACCAGUGGGCUAAAAGAUUAUUGUCAAAUGAGGAAGUUGGAUCUUUUAAUUGUAAUGUUGGCAUUUGAUCAUAAGGGCGUCAAAGGAUUUCGUAGGGAGAUGAUCAUCUAUUCGGUAAACGGUCCAUUCUGUAGGGAAGAGGUUCUAGAGGAAUUUAAGGUGAGAAUGAUGGGCUUGGUAGAACAUGAGAUUGCCGGUGACAACAUUGGCGAGAUAGAAGUUAAACUUUAUGACCAAAAGAAUAUUGGUCUGUCGCGAAAGCAAGUUUAUCCAAUUGUUGAAAAUUUGUUUUCUGAUAGGAGGUAG